CUCGUCCACAUGAAUUCACUGACACAUGCUGAAAAAGAGAAGUCGCCAUUUUAAUGUUGACUGAUAGGGGUACACCAUGUUCUUAUAGGCAACACAAUUCAAGUGCAGGUUAACAUAUAACUUCUCCAGCUGGCUGGGAAGUGUAUUUUGAGUUACUCAGUGUUGAUUCAGUUGGACUUGGUGUUCACUGUUAGAGGCAGCUUGAUUCAGUUUGAGUGUCUACGCACAUGUGACACCCAGGGGACUCAUGGACCAACAAGGACCCCAAAUUUUCUGGACUAACAUGGUGGUGCAAAGCCCUGUAAUGGAGACCAACAGUGCUAGAAAUCCUACAGCAGUCUCCUGUGGGCCACCUGAUGACCCGACUCGGAUGGUAACACCUGUUCCAUGCCCUCUUCAGUCAGACAUUUUGCUGGAUGGCGAGAAGGCUGGAGCCGUCCUGCUGUUCUCAGGAGUGUGUCUAGCCCUUGUGGGUGUCACUUUCACCGCCAUGGGCUGGCAUUACUACCUAACCAACCCCAACUUUGAGUGGACCCAACUGGUGGGCCCCAUCUUGAUUGCUGUCGGAGGUACUUUCAUCCUUACCGGUGUCUGCAAGUUUGGGAUCAUUCCCUGCUGGCCCUGCAGACGGUGUGAUGAAGAGGUACUUGUAAUGCCAGUGAUGGAGCAUACCUCAACAGGACAUUCUUUUACAUUAAGCGGUAUAACGCAACCAACUUUGUUACAUGGUGCCACGACAAUGUUUUGUAUUCCACCUUUGUCUAACUUUAUAACCCAGGAUGUGCGCCAGAGCAUUGAUUCCCAGACUGGCAGGUCUGUGAAUGGCAUCCUUGCAGCCUUUCCUCCACAUGAUGUGUUCUGUGUGGAUAACGCAGCUCUCACAGCAGGAGAAGAAGGCAGCUCAGCUCACAGCACGGAAAUAGGCCACAGAAGACUCAGGAAUGAGAAGACAGAGGAUGAAAGAGGAUGUGGCAACGAGAGCGUCUCUACCUGUUUGAGUCCACCUGCAUAUGAAGACAUCUACCCUUCCUUUAAUGAACACAAUCCGACAUAAACACCUCCUGAAACUUGUUAGGGAUUUCAUGUCUUUCUUAGCUGACAUUCUUCCUCUUUCUUGUUAACACGUUCAAGGACAACACCUCAGAUUUUUUACAAUUUAUGGACACACUCAGCACUAUCUGAGGGCUCGAAAGUUUUGGAAUCUUAGAGAUACUAAAUUUAUAUUCAGCAUAAAACACACACAUUUACCCAGUGCUUGAUGUCUGUCAAUUACUGCACAAGCCACUGUGCACCCCCAUUAAAUGUUGGCAGAGGAAAUGCUGAAACAUACAUGGGACAAUUUAACAGAUAUACUUUAAAAACCUUUUUUAAAGGUUGUAGAAAAUUAAGAUCAAAAGAGGAAAAAGUCAUAAUGAGCAAAUCUCUGCCAAAAUGUUUAGGAUGGCAAUGGAUAUACUAUACGCAAUGAAUAUACUAUACUACUACUACUACUACUACUACUACUACUAAUAAUAAUAAUAAUAGGUAAUGGAUCUUGGGCAAUCCACUCAGAUUUAACUGAAGUGUUCUAUUUAUUUCCUGUUUUUCUGAAGGAUCAUUCAAAAAAUGCAACUAAAUGCAAGAGUUUACUGGGGAGUAUGCUGUUGCAUUUGCAGGAUAAACACAAGUGUCACUGCACCACAUGGGGGCAGAAACACUGAGGAAAUCAAUAUACCUUCACUCACCAGUCAGGGGGUCUUUACCAGGAUUAGAGAAGCCCAUAGUAUAACACCAAGAUAACAACAACAACAACAACUACAGCAACAGCAACAACAACAACAAUAAUAACAAUAAUAACAAUAAGGCAAAACAUUUGUCAAUAAAUAAAACGACCUUUGCCCUUUUCAUUUGAGGCUUACAACAAAGAUUAGGCUGCAUUGUUAUUUUGUACGGUACCUGCUCUGUAACUUUUAUUCUCGAUGGUCUUCACACUGCCUCUGCCUCAGCGACCAUAACGACUGUCGUUACAACAGCCAGGAGCACUAAUGAACCAAGCGGUAUCUGUCCUGGGACUCCAUACCAGUCAGUCAGAACUGAAGAAGCCUCUUAGAUGCAGAGGCGAAACGUCUUCCAGUAUCUUCAACCAUCUUCAACCAAGUCCAAUUGACCUUGAUUUUAACCCACCAUUUUAUUCUCACGGUUUAUUCAGCUUUAUCUGAUUUCUAUCUGCUUUUGUUUCCUUUCGUUAAAUCUUAUAUGUGUUUUUUUUUUUUUUUUUUUGCCUUUUUCAUGUUUCACAGUGGGUUACAGCACUUUAAAUUGCGUUGUUGAAAUGUGUCAUACAAAUAAACUUGCCUCCCCUAAAACAA